AUGCUUUUCUGCAUUAUAAAAAAUAAAGAUGCCAUUUUAUAUCUAUCGGUGUUAGGCAUCUCUGAAAUCAGGCAAGUGGAAAUCAAAAUGGUGUCACAAACAGUUGAACUCCUAAAGAAGGAGAUUCCUCUGGAGCAGGAGUCAGUGGUUUUAGUUGAAGAUACUGUAUAUGGUCUUGUUCUUGUGGAUAUCAUCAAUGGCUUCUGCACAGUUGGUGCUGGAAAUCUGGCUCCAAGAGAAUCCAAUGGACAGAUUUCGAGAAUGAUCAAUGAAUCAGCAAGGCUAGCUAGAGUGUUCUGUGAGAAGAAAUUGCCAGUUAUGGCUUUCCUGGAUUCUCACCAUCCUAACAAGCCAGAGGAUCCUUAUCCCCCUCACUGUAUUAUUGGCUCUGAUGAGUCAAAUCUGGUUCCAGAGUUAAGAUGGCUGGAGAAUGAACCCAAUGUAACAAUAAGGCGAAAGGAGUGUUUUGACGGAUAUUUGGGCUCAAUAGAAGAAGAUGGUUCUAACGUUUUUGUAGAUUGGGUGAAGAAGAAUAAGAUAACAACUCUGGUGGUGGUAGGUGUGUGCACAGAUAUCUGCGUUCUAGAUUUUGUAUGUUCCACAAUGUCAGCAAAAAACCGUGGUUUUCUGGAACCUUUAGAAACUGUGGUGGUGUAUUCUCGUGGCUGUGCUACCUUUGAUAUCCCUCAGGAAGUAGCCACAAAUACCAAAGGAGCUUUGGCACAUCCACAGGAGUUUAUGCAUCACGUAGGGCUGUAUAUGGCCAAAGAACGGGGAGCUAAAAUAGCAAAUGAAGUCUUGAUUGGUGCACCAGAGAAGGUUUAA